AUGUUUAAAUCUGCUAUCCUAUGCAGCCCUCUCAACUUUGGCACGGAUCGGCGCAGCUCUGCUUUUGGAGGACGCGCUCAGAUCCGUUCCUCGUUGCAAGGGGCAGCCACGUGCCCUCCAAACAGACGAUGCAGCAAGACAGAGCAGUCAGCUAAAAGGAGCAAGUCUGCAAGCGACCUGAUCCCACGCAAUGGUGCCCUUGAAAGAAACAACGGAGAGGAAUGGUGCCAAACGUUUCUGUUGCUUGCGGCUAACUUAGCGGGCGUUCUCCUGCAAAAGUUGGGUGGCGGGGGAAAUGGCAGAGAGGACGGCCCAAAGCUGCGCGAGCUGCAGAAUGCGAGCAGGGGGACUCGCGCGCGCUCGCUCCUGAGGGGUUUGCUUGCGGUAGGUAUCGCAGAGAUUAGACACAUACCGGGCGUCAUGCUGCAGCUCUUCCUGGGGCCUUACGAGCGCAUCCAUUUCUUUUAUGAGGGGACGUCAGAUACGUAUAUACACAACCACCGGCUCCCCUUUUGGACGGCUUGCCUCGCGGGGGGGUACGAGGAGAGCCUUUACGAGGUGUCGUCCAGGGAGGGGGGAGAGCAUUUCCGCUGCAAGAGGGAGCCGGGGGGGCGCUUAUCCGCGGCUUACACAGCCCCCGGAAAAGUAAUCAAGGUCAAAACGCGCGCGCACGCGCCCGGCCACGUGAUGUGCGUGCGCUCAGAGCAGUUCCACGCGGUGCGCGUGAAAGCGCGCAGCACGCUGACGUACGCCGAGUACGAUGCGUCAUUGCCGACGUCAGAAGUCUUCGUAUUGUCGAACAGGAGGAUUAUGGAAAUGGAAGCGGAGGAGGAACAAGCGACGAGACCGGCGACGCUAAGUGAGCGUGCGAAGUUUGCGCUUCGCUUGGUGCGUCAGAUCAAGGAACUCGUGGGAUCGGAGGCCUAA